ACGUUUAUAUAUCUCCAAGCGAUUAUCAAUUAUCGGAAGGCCAUAAGAAUCAAUGAUCCAGUUUUGAAAAGGGCCUCUAAAAGAGCUUUCUCUCCUAUUUGGUCUGCGAGGCGUCAUCCCAUUUAUCGUCUAAUAGAAGUUGCAGAUGAAAUUCAACUGAUGCGACUUCAUUCUGAAAUACGUGAAGUUGUGGAGAAAAAUUGUGUUAUUUCUCGAUCGGGAAUUUACAAUCAACAUCAAGGAUUAGAUGCAAUUAUAGAGGAAAUAAAUAAAACUUUGAAAGCUUUAAUACCUCCCAUUCCACAAGACCGUCAUUGGAAGAUUGCAGCGCGUAACUGUAAAAAAUUUUUUGAGGGCCAAGAACUUGACCAGAGCCAACUGCAGAAUGUCAGAUUUUGUGCUCUUCUUCGAGGUUUUAACUUCGUAAAUUCAGUGAACUCGAGAACAAUUUGUCGAAGUUUAGGCGAAGAAUGCGAGUUGGAUAAAAAUUUAAAAAAUUUUACAAAUUUUGCAAAGCUAGCUCGAAAAAAUUUUAUUAUCGAAACAUUUAUUGAUAAAAAUAAUACAUCUCAAUUUAGGGUUAUACCGAUUACAAAACAGGAAGCUAAAGUCCAGGAAAAUGAAAAAAAUAUGACUAAAAAUAGUAUUUUGUUAAAAAUAGACACUCUUCUUGAACAGCUUGGCGAAG